AUGGCCACUGGUCAAGUCGGCUUCAAGGACCAGAAGAAGGUCAAGCGCGUCUAUGUCGCCAAGCGAGAGAAUCCCAUCGUCAACCGUCUGAACAAAACAAAGGUCGAGAAGUUCCCAGACUUCAGACAAGAGAAAGAAGACAGAGCAAAGGAGCUGAGAAAGAAGGACCGCUCUGUCAUCGCAGCAAGGGUCUGUAUAGCGAAAUCUCAAAGCGAAAGAGACACACUGGCUUAUACAAUCACCAACAGGCAAAGGGAAGAGGCUCGCAUUGCAAAGGAGAGGAAAGAGUUGGCAUAUCAAAGAGAACACGCUUACGACGAGUGGAAUUCGGAGGAACAAGUCAUGGCCUCCAGCAACCAGAACCGCGAUUCAGACUGGGAGGACGACUUCAUGUGA